CUCGCCCAAAGUGAAUUUUUGCUUACUGUUUAUUGAGUUUUUUUCUAUAGCUGUGAAGAAGAUUAACAGCUAAAAAGAUUUAUCCCAAUUAAACGCGAAAUUAAACAUAAUUUUGCAAUAUCUAAAAGCAAAUCAGUAAAGUGACUAAAAAUUUGUUGAGCAAAGUGCGACGUUUGUAAACAAUUUUGCAGCAGCUGCUCAACAUUUUUGAGGAGGGGUUCGAAUCAAAAAUGGAGUCGCAACCAAAUGUGGAUAGUGUGGAUGAUGCAGCGGCUGUUGCACGUAAGGAUUUCAUGUUGGAACGUUUGAACAAACGCAACAAGGAUCGUCAGAAUUAUUUGGAUGUGAAACUGGAGCAGCGCAGCAAGGAAACGGUACAAAACGAAGGCGUCGAUUACUUUGCCACAUGCUUCAAUCGGCGGGCCUACGAAAUUGAGGAACGCAUCAAUGCGCUGGACAGAUGCGGAGAUGCUCCCCUGCCCGAUCUGGGCAAGCAUUUCGCGGAGAUCACAAUGGAAAUACAGGAAUUGCAGCGUUACUUAACCACAUCGACAAUGUUUCUCUCAGAUUUUAAGAUUAAAUCCUGUCAGAAUGUGUUGAAUACGUUGAGUGGCGCCACAGAGGAAGCACGUCAACGUUUUAUGCCCAAGAAGAAGUUUGGCUUCAGCAGCAAGAAGACAACGACGGCGGCAGUUAAACAAAAGUUGCCACAAAAAAAGCUGGACAAGACUGGAGCAGAGCAACAAAAGUCCACAUUUAGUUGGACAAUUUCGGAUCAGCGGCAGCAACACAUUGUGCUGCGUGCGGCGGAAGUCGAUGGACUCGAUAUAACCAUCUCAAAUGUGGCAAAUUGUCUGGUGGAGUUGCAGGGUCAUCCGGGCUCCGUGCAAAUCUCAAAUGCCACUCAAUGCACAGUGUUGUCUGGUCCCGUGGCACGUUCAUUCUUUGCGGAGCACUUGCAGCAGUGCACUUUGGCCAUUGCCUGUCAACAGUUGCGUUUGCAUUCCUCGCAAGCAACACGAAUCUAUUUGCAUGUCACGUGUCGCGCCAUCAUCGAAGACUCCCAGCAAAUUGAGAUCGAUGUCUAUAAUUAUGAUUAUCCGCAGUUGGAGGCGGACUAUUUGGCAGCUGGUCUGAAUAAGUCGCAGAAUAAUUAUAUGGAUGUUGCCGAUUUCAAUUGGCUAUCUCCGGAUGUACAUUCCCCCAAUUGGACGGUGCUCAAGGAUCAUCCGGCGCCCAAUUGGAGUGCGAAGCGGACUCAAUUUCUUGAGGGGAUUAACAAGGCUGAUGUUGUUCCUUCAGCUGUUGCAAAGGAUGCCAAGAUUGUAUAGUAUUUGCCUCAGCGGAGGGGGUUCCUACUGCUUCUCCCCCUGCUGCUACCUUUGCAGCUGCUGCUGCUUGUGUUGCUCUUGCUGCUUGUGGAGCUGUUUCAGCCACUGUGUGAAUAACUCAUAAGUCUAUAAUCCAAUCUCCCACAAACCGCAAAUAAAUAAUCCAUGUUAAUA